CUUCCUUUAGUUCUUGUUUCAAGCAAUGUCGCAUUCUAUGCAAAUCUGACAAGAUGUGAAAACAGGGCCUCAUGCGGUGCCAUGCAUGGUGCGGAGGAGAAAGCCCUUCACGUGGAAGAGAAGCAGGACGAGGAAGAGCAACUGAGUGAUCACUCUGAUGCUGGGACCAAUCCUGCCCUUAGCAAAGGUGUAAGCCCGGAGGGCACUCCAUGUGCCGUGUGCCGACGAGCUUUGCAGCCAGUUGAGCAGAGGCUUAGACACCUUCCUGAUCGCCCACUUUGCAAUGCGUGCUGUUUUCGCGAGAUGGAUCCUUUCAGGCCCGUGCAGGAGUUGGAGCACGUGAUGUACUUGUCAGUACUCCCUGGUCGACAUUUGACCUUCGAUUUGGAGGUGCCCGACCUCCGGCAGUGGCGCAAGGACGGCUUCGAGGUGGAGAUCCGGGGGCUCCGCAGGCGAUCCCUCGCCGAGUCACAGUCUCUGCAGCAGGUGUGGCCAAGCUUCCUGAGUAUCGAAGUGAAUGGCCACGAGGUGUUCACUACGAAAGUCCCAUUGCGCGGGCAUAAGCGUCGCGAUUUGCCGCAAAGUCUUUCGGCAAAUCUUCGCCGUGGGACGAACGCGGUGGAAGUGACAGCUGAAGAUGAGCGGAGGCGCGACUUCUUGUUGGCGGUGGUGAGGACGCUGCCAUUGAAGCCUCGGGAUCUGUCCCGCUCCAUUCCUGAAGAGACCUAUCAGGAUUGCAUGCAGCGGAUACAAGCUCUUCUGCGGGAGUCUUUGGCACAAGGGCGGGCCCACCACGGUCUCGACGGCGUCGAACGGGUCGGCGAUGAACGGUUGAAGCUGCAAUGCCCUAUUAUGCUGACACGGCCAAGCACACUUCCGGUGCGAGGUACCGAGUGCCGCCAUUUUCAGUGCAUCGACUUGGAUGCAUACCUCAUCUCCAAUUUUCGCACGAAAGCUUUUAACAGCCGCUGGCGCUGCCCUUUGUGCAGCUUUGAAAUUCGGCCUAAAGACCUGAGAAUUGAUACCUUCGUGCAGAUGUUGCUGAAGGAGACUGAAGCUGAUGUUGAAGAGGUACUUCUCUUUCCCGAUGGAAGUUGGCAAAAAGGAGAACCAGUUCCGCAGACCCGUACUCCGUCAACUUCGCCAUCUCCUCCACGGCCAGCCCGCAACUGCGCCGUCCCCGCUGCCAAGGCUCCAUCGAGGCGAAGGACGAAUGGUGCCGUUGCCAAAGCACAAGGCGCCCCUCGACGUCGAGACAAAAAAGCGUCGGAAAGCUCCAGUCCAAGGAGAGACCGGGACGAAGCGCCGCCGGGUCGAGGGCGUGGCACGCAACAGAGUUCAUGCGACGAACUCGCGUGCGAGAGCACAGGUCCCAUUGCUUCCCCUUGCGCCGAGUUCCGCGCGCGGGGGCCACCGUGGCGCGGGAUGCGGCGGCCGGGGGCGCGGGCGUUCCUUGGUCCGGAAGCCGGGUGUAGCGGCACGCCGGGCAGCGGCCAUUGCGGCUGGGCCCAACAAAAGCGUGGGUGUUGACUCAGAUGCAUCUCCAGAGUUGGUGUCUGACUCCGGAGAAGAGCUCGAAGGAUCCAAAGUCCACACAGUGCCCGUGAUGAGACACGGAGAAAAAUCAGUGUCCCAUGAGCGGAGAAGGUCGAUUCCGUGCCAUUGCUUCCCAAAGUUUUGGGCAUCAGCAGGGUAGCUGGUUGCAUGGAUUCCCUGGAAACAAAGCUAACUAACCUCAAGAAAGUUGCGAAAUCCUACGGCUGCCAGGGCCGAUAUCUUUGGGGUCAAGACUGUCAAGAGCAGGUAUACAGUCCCUGGUUUGUUAAUUCAUCACUCAGACUUGAGCCACUCUGAUUCUUA